AGAAAGACCUGUAUCUCCAACUUCUAGUGAAGAAGACUUUAAUCUCAAAAGUAGAAACAUAGGAGAAUGGCUAAAAAGUCAAGCAAAAGAACCACCUAGGCCAAGCUCUCCAAUAAAAAACUUUGUAAAUAAAAAUAUUGUAGAUCCAAUAUUUAAAAGAUCACAUGAAAGAAAUAGUAGUACAUCAAGUCUACCAAAAAUACCUUCUAGUUUAAAGAAUGAAAUAAAUCUAGGUGAUGAUAAAGAAGAAUUUAAACUUCAAAACCACCUAGAAAGGCAUAUUAGAAGAAAACUCUUUCAAGAAAGUAAAAAAGAAGAAAUAAUAUCUGAAGAUGAAAAAAAAAUGAAUGAAUUGGACAACAUCAUAGAAGAUGAUGUAAAUGAUUAUUAUGAAAAUAG